UCUUGCUUUUAUAUCCAGCAGGAAGAAGCGAGCAGGCAGCCACAGUUUGUCUGUAAGUGCUGUGCACAACUAUCCUGCAGAUAUGGAGAGGAAGCGUCCAGGCAUGACUUCAGGUGCCCGAAUGCCCCAUCAAGGUGCCCCUAUGGGCCCCCCUGGACCCCCAUAUGGAGGAACACCCGCAAUUCGGGCAGGAAUACCUAACCCCUCUCUGGACCCAAACCGCAAACGUCCAAAUACCACUCCACCUGUGCAAGCCUCUGCAGUCCAGAACCGGUCAAGAAGUGCCAAGAGACGGAAAAUGGCAGACAAGAUUCUCCCUCAGAGGAUCCGGGAGCUGGUGCCCGAGUCGCAGGCGUACAUGGACCUACUGGCUUUUGAGCGCAAACUGGACCAAACCAUUAUGAGGAAGAGGGUGGAUAUUCAAGAGGUCCUUAAAAGACCUAUGAAGCAGCAAAAGCGGAAGCUGCGUUUGUACAUCUCCAACACAUUCAACCCCGCUAAGCCUGAUUCAGAGGACUCUGAGGGCAGCAUUGCAUCCUGGGAGCUACGAGUAGAAGGCAAACUGCUGGAAGAUGCUGGAAAGCAAAAGAGGAAGUUCUCUUCAUUCUUUAAAAGUUUGGUUAUUGAGCUGGAUAAGGACCUGUAUGGCCCUGAUAACCACUUAGUGGAGUGGCAUCGCACUGGAACGACCCAAGAGACAGACGGCUUUCAGGUUAAGAGACCUGGUGAUGUGAAUGUGCGGUGCACUUUGCUCCUCAUGCUGGAUUAUCAGCCUCCCCAGUUUAAGCUGGAUCCUCGGCUUGCCCGGCUGCUAGGUAUCCACACACAGACACGCUCCUGCAUCAUUCAGGCCCUGUGGCAGUAUGUCAAGACUAAUAAGCUGCAAGACUCACACGAAAAGGAAUACAUCAAUUGUGACAAGUAUUUCCAGCAGAUCUUCGACUGCCCACGUCUGAAGUUCAGCGAGAUUCCUCAGCGGCUCACCAACCUGCUUCUACCACCCGACCCGAUUGUAAUAAAUCAUAUCAUCAGCAGUGUGGACCCCAGCGAUCACAAAAAGACGGCCUGUUAUGACAUAGACGUCGAGAUGGACGAUCCUCUAAAGACCCAAAUGAACGGCUUCCUGCUCUCGACAGCCAAUCAGCAAGAGAUAGCGUCACUAGACAACAAGAUACAUGAGACCAUCGAGUCCAUCAACCAGCUGAAGAUCCAGAGAGAUUUCAUGCUAAGUUUCUCCAAGGAUCCCAGGGGCUACAUUCGGGACUGGAUAUGUUCACAAAACAGAGACCUUAAGGUUAUGACAGAUGUGGUGGGAAACCCAGAAGAGGAAAGAAGAGCAGAGUUUUAUAAUCAACCCUGGUCUCAGGAAGCUGUCAGUCGAUACUUCUACUGCAAGAUCCAGCAACGGAGACAAGAACUUGAACAGGCCUUGGCCAUGCGCACCACUUGAACUCAUUUCACUUUGGAGCAGAAGUUACCAGCUUUUUAGUUGCCAGUUACUCUGGGGAGUUUUAAUUUUGCAAUGAACAUCCAGCAGGGUGAUUGUGUGUUAUUUAAAGGACAGUUUGU